AUGUGGAAGAAUCCCUGUGUCAUCGUUGUCAGUCUAUAUGCAAGAGUGGCGGUCGCUCUUGAGAAUGGGUUAGACUUCAGGCCGGAUGAAGUAGCGGCUUACCUAGCCCAGAAGGCAGGCUUCAAGUUGUCAACUCUCGUCACUAUGCAGAGCUUGAGCGUGGAUCCGGGCGAUGCGUACAUCCUCCCGCGACCUCCGAGGAUUGAGGAAUGCCUCAGCGCCAUGCAGGGAAGGCCACUGACGCGCAUGCCCAAACCCUACGACAUGGGGAUCGAAGUAUCAUCUUUUGAGGGGUACAGAACAGCCCAACUUCGAAUCGCAGAGGCGAAGACCGGAAUGGGUAUCGGAGGAGAACAACCCGAGCAGCUCUUACCAGCAGCGAGCUACCAGAAAGGCCUUGACGUCCAAUCGUUCGAAGAGGUUCCCGCGCAGUACCAGUCUUUACUGUACGUAAUUCCUCAGGCCUUGGUGUAUAUUGCUGUAGUCCCCGGCGCCACCAUCGGGCUGAAAUAUGCGAAGUCUCCCUGGUAUAUCCGCCAGGGUCUUCUUGCUCUGAGUAGUUAUAUCUACAUGUCGCUUGGCUUGAUUCUCUUCAUUAGUGUUCUCCCCCUACCGGCUUUUAUAGCGGUGGUCCUUUCUCUUUCGCUGGCUCUCCUGGGGGCGCUACUCGCUCUGCGGUCUGUUCAGUCACUGCUGUGGUUCGAGCGCGGAGAAAAAACAGCGUCAUUCUUGAGAGGGAUGGAAAAGGAGCCUUACGGCUGGCUCCUUGCGUGCCAGGCGUUUUGCCUACUCUCUGCCAAUUUGCUAUACUGCCUGGUUUCCGGGUUCCUCCCUGGCCACCUUGGCGUCGCGGGGCUGUUCACUGGCAAUACUGCUGUCGCUGGAUUCUUGUAUUUCGUUUGGAUUAUUGCCGUUGCUACAGGAGUAUUUCUUCUUAUCACGUGUGACCGAGCGGACGCGCGGAAGACCCAGAAUGUGGUGCUCGCUUUCUGCUGCUCUUACUGCAUCGUUGCUGGGCUUUCGUUUUUCGCAAAUGUUACCGCCAUAUACGGGGGAAUAGGCAAUUUCGUCGCUCUCGAUCCUGUGCCAUUUUUCUCUGUGGCGAACCCAUUCUCCUUUAACGCCCCAACACUAAUGCUUCUCGCUAUCAUGCUCUCCUUGUGGGCAGUCGGGAUCACACUAAUUGGUGGCAUGGAUGACAAAGCAGAAACUGGUCGGUCUCUCUCGACUGUCUCACUAUCAUCGUUCUCUGAGGCGUCCGAGGCAUUGACAGCCUAA